AUAUAUACACACAUACACUGGAGGCCUCUUAUUAUGAUCCUUUUAGGAUGAAGGCCUUUCAAUAAAAACAGUUGACUGAUAACAAUAACCAUUUGGUAAUAUGUAUGAUUAUAAGUGGCUUCCAUUGGAGAUAUAUAUAUAUAAGAAUAAAGAUAUUUGUUUUGUGUAACGGAAGUAUACAACAAGUCUAACACUGAUAUGACUCAAUAAGAUUUAAGGAGCAUUGCUGAUAAAUGUGGUUUUCCUAUAGUAAUUCAAAGCAGCAAACAGGAAAACUUGAAUUUUAGCAGAACCGACUAAGAAAAGCAAUGUACAAUUUUUCAACACUUACACAAACUGAUCAAAUCUUUAUUUAGAACUAAAUGAACUUAGCAUUAAGUAUCAUGGCCACAGAAACUACACAAACAGAUAUUUUUUAAAAAGUGCCUAUUACAUAUGGAGGAUAAAGAAAAGGUCUUUUUUCUCCGAUGUUAUAGAGGUUAACUUCCGGUUAUGUAUACCACUAUGUUAUGUGUUGAACCAAAAUAUUAACAACUGGGAAUUGUGAAAAUUGCUAAUAAAAUGUCUGAAGAUUUAAGUAUAGACGGUGUUGACCCUAGUGUGGGCUUUUUAUAUAAAACAAUGCUUCAACGGGACCCUCGGAAACGGCGUGUAAAACCUGUUCAAAAGCACCUAAUACAGAUAGAUUUUGGAGGAUUAGAUGAUAGUGAAGACGAUAGUGACUUCGAAGUUGAAAAACAUGUGAAAGGAUCUGACUCUGGAAGCGACAUAUCUAUUAAGGAAGAAGAUGAUGCAAGUGAUUCUGAUCGGAGUGUUCCUGGUUCUGAACUCAAGUACCCUGAUGCUGCCCAUGAGCCAAGCGACGACGAUGAUGAUGAUGAUGAGGAUGAUGAGGAGGAAGAUGAAACGACAACACUCAGUUCAUUGAUGGGUCCUUUGUUAAGUGAAAAAGACAAAUCAACUGAUGUUAAUGUCUUUACAGAAAAGUCUUUUGACAAAUGUCCAGAGACUCAGCUGGUAAAUCCUCUCCAAGGAAAUGUCAUUACUUCAGCUACACCAAUUCCAACCAAAGCUGGUCAAAUCAAGAUUCUUAUCUGUUGUGUAUGUUUAGGUGAUAUUAGUGAAGAAGAUGAUGAAAUUGUUGAAUGUGAUAAUUGUGGUGUAUCUGUUCAUGAAGGUUGUUAUGGAAUUAGUGAUAACCAGUCUGCUGCAAGCACAGAAUCAUCUGCAAGUACAGAACCUUGGUUUUGUGAUGCUUGUAAAGCUGGUGUUAAACCUAGUUGUGAAUUAUGUCCAAACUAUGGUGGAAUUUUUAAAGAAACAGAUGCAGGCAAAUGGGUUCAUUUGGUGUGUGCAUUAUAUACCCCAGGUGUAGCAUUUGGAGAUGUUGACCGACUGAGUGCUGUCACAUUAUUUGAAAUGCCAUAUGCAAGAUGGGGAGCCAAAGACUGUUCAUUAUGUGAAGAUAACCGCUUUAGUCGAACUGGAGUGUGUAUUAGCUGUGAUGCAGGAAUGUGCCGGGCUUACUUUCAUGUUACUUGUGCUCAACGAGAAGGUUUAUUAGCUGAAGCUCCUCCUGAAGAAGUAAUGGAUAUUGCUGAUCCAUUUUUUGCAUACUGCAAAAUGCAUGCUGACAAAACAACAGCUCGAGCAAAGAGACGCAAUUGGCUGGCCAUUCAGUCACAUGUGAAAAUGCAUUCAGAAAAAGAGAUAGAAGAUGAAAAAGAAAAAGCUAGAUUUCAAAGGAAACUGAACAGGCGUCGUCAGAAGUAUCUUCUUGCAAAAGCACGAAGUACACCAUCAUGGGGUAAGGCUGUAAGUCAUCAUCUAGUCCAAAGUGUAUCUCAAGAUAAACAAGAAUCUCGGAAAAAGUGGCACUUGUCGCCAGCCAUGUCCUUAGAAUAUAUAAGCUACUAUCUUGAUAGAAAUGCUCGUAUAGAUACAAUGAGAAUUAACAUGAAGGAAUUGUCAACUCAGAACUGUAAACUUCAAGAACAACAAAAAAUAUUAAGAGUCCAAUAUGAUCAGUUACUGAAUGAAAUGAAUCGGUUGAAAGAUUCCACUCACAAGCUGCAACAAAACGGAGAAGAAACCUGGAGUAUUUUAACUGAUCUUUCAGGACAGGAAAUUAACACUCCAGAGAUGUUCCGUGUACGUAAAUCUCCUCGCUCUCCAACAAAACGGGACCCUCAACCUAAAUCUCCUUCAGCACCUGCCAUUCAACAAUAUAACUUGUUAAUUGGCAGUUGUGGAAUCUGUAAGAAAUCAACAAACCAACAUCUGUUGGCCAAAUGUGAUUCAUGUAGCAAACACUACCAUCUUGGCUGUCUUGAUCCACCGCUCUCACGUAUGCCCAAGAAAACCAAGCUACAAGGCUGGCAAUGUUCAGAAUGUGCCAGCUCAAGUAGUGAUGUUUCAGAAGAAACUGGAGUUGACGUUGACGCUCCUCGUAAACUACGUGAAAAGAUCAAGGAACCAAUAAAGUUUGAGCAGUUACAAUUAGAUAUAAAAUCAGAAAAGCGUCUACGGAAUCGAUCAAAUUCUAAACAGAAAAAGGGAAAGAAACGGAAGUCUAUGAAACUAGAAAAGGUUGGCAAACGAGAAGAGAAUGAAGAUUCUGAAGAAGUCAUGGAACUCUGAUUCAUUUCUCUCAAUUUGUUGUAACUAAUUACAAUGGUUACAUUGUAAUUAUCAUAUCACCAUGCAGCUUACAAACACUAGUGACUGGAUAAUUUUUCUUCAAUUAAAAAAAAAAAGAAAAAAAAAAAAAGAAUUUGCUAUGAAUUAGUUUUUAAUUUACAUUUAAAAUAUUUAAAUGAAGAUUAAUUUCCUGAAAAUGAAAUGUGUAUUUAUUGUUCUA